AGAAUUUUAAUCCUCACAAUAUGCGUAUCUCAAUUGCAAUAAAAAUUAAAAUAAAUAAACCACAUUUGCACGGUCUAUAAUUUAGAUCAAAUUUAAAAUUUGUGUAAUAACUGAAAUUUACCACUCAAAAUUGGUGCAUAGAAAAUUCAAGAAUAAAUUUACAUAGAUUGUUGAAACAUAAAUUAAGUGGGCUAAUAAAACGAGUUAACAACAGAAAACCGGUCCCGAAACAAAUGUGCUUGGAAAAUCUCAAAGACCACGAAAUCAAAUUGUUGCGUAGGCUUUUCGUCGCUUUGGCAGACUUAAAAUCAAUCAGAAAUCGCCCACAGUACUCGGAAUAAUAACACAACGGGCCAAAAGUGCAACAGGAAAAGCGGUUAACGCCUUUUGUCGCUCUUGGCCCAGUCGCCUGUUGGCAUUCGGUGCAUUAGCCAAGCGGAAACUCAUUAGCCAGUUACAUGGGGACACAAAGAAAACGCUGGCAAACGAACGGAAGUGGGGAAAACCCCGAGCACGUGGGCUUCCCCAGUGUUUCAGCCGCGUUUCUGUGUGGGCUUUGAACUUGUUCCACGCCCAGAGGUGUGAAAAACCAGACCAAAGUCGAAUCAAGUCAAGGUCUGAUCUUAAAAAGCUGUAAAUGUCAAACGUAUCUUAUUUGCAUCUCUUGUAUGCCAAGUUUUCAGGCAAUGGAAAAGUCUGGAAUAUCUGUAAAAACAAGUGGGGGAAUUUCCAGAGAGUCUUUGCUUUUAUGGAGCAUUAAAAAGAUCGUUAACUCAGAUAUCAGAGGGUAAGGUCUUCCAUAAUAAAAUGUUUAAAAUUUAUGCCUGUCUGGUUUAUUUUAGAUAUCGGGUUUCAUUCAAAACUUGUAAUAAAAAGAAAGGGACACACAUAUUUUAGCACCUGGAUAGGAGUCUUCCAAGUUAUGACCAAGUUCAAUCUUCAGAUUUAUUUGAACCCCUUCAUUAGUUAGCUAUUUCACAAAGUUACGAAUCAUUUUGGGGUUUAGAGAUGAAAGACGUUUGAGUGCAGCUCCAUUAAUGGGCAUUGUAUCUGGAAAAUACUGAGAAGUCCGAGCCAUUCUUCCCAUAGAAGGAACGCAUAAUCAGCUACGCUCAUUGUGUAUCUUGCAGAUACAUUUGUCACAGGCACGACCAGGCACGGAAACCAGUUCUGUGGCAUUUCUUGUGUAAGCCUUUCCGACUGCGAUCUUUUGUGGCUCUCGGAUCUUUCGGUUAACGGUUGCCAAAAGCAGACAAGAUACGAAAUAAAAAUAAAAAUAAUCACAAUAAACCAGCAACAGCACAACAAAACCAGAUGCUUGAUAAUUGUUUAUGCGCAACAAUACUGAAACGGUAAAAUACUUUUGGCGGAAAAAACACUUUCUGAAUGCGAUUAUGCGGAUAAAUUACUCGGCUUUCUGCUGUUAACCCCAAGGAAUGCUAAUCGCCGGGCUUGUUAAUAAUUAUAUAAAUGAAAAAUGUUUUUGUUUUGGUUCUUUUGUUUCUGUUGCUAAGAAUUCCGAGGAAAAAUGCCAACGAACCCCCAUAAAUAAAAGGUAAACAAACAGCCAGGGUAGAAGGAAAACCCCCCAAAAUAAAACAGUGCUUCGAGUGAUUGAAUUUGAAUAAUUUUGAAAAUCAAAGUGCGGUGAAUCUUAAGUGAAAAAUAAUUAAAUAAAAAACAAUGGUCGUCACAUCGACAAGAAGUCCGCUUCUGGCGCAAACCCAGCCCACAAAUGCCACUUCGAGUGGCAGCCACACGACGGCCGCCCUGCGAUCGCGGCUCAUAUAUCCCCGGCAGCAUUAUCAGAUGACAGACUUUUCGGAUAGUUCGCCCAGCGGGGUGUUGAGUCCAGCUUCCUCGCUGAUCGAAAAUUUCCACAAGAAGAAUGGCUCGCCGCAACCACUCGGCAGCAGCAGCAGCACCACCACAGUAACCCCAACGACCUUGAAUGGGUCUGCAGUGGGUGGUGUGGUGUCCAGCACCGCGAAUGGCAGGCAGAUCAACACCAGCUCUAGUUCAUGCAGUAGUCUUAAGGAAACCUCACACCAGUCCACAUCCACAUCACAACAGGUUGUCAACAGCAGCAGCAGCACAACGACGCGGGUGGAGAAGAAGUCCCAGCGCCUGCACCACCACAUAACCUCCUCAUCCUCCAGCUCCUCAACCACCCAGGCUCUGUCCACCUCAUCGGAGAUGAAGGCGGCGGAAAUCAAGCGCGAUCUCACAAACAUCCAGAAGUCCAUGUCGGAAAUCAACGAUCUGGCCAAGGAGCGGAUCACCGGUGGACCUGGCUCCAUCACCACCACCUCAGCGAUCACAGGGCCCAGCACAAUGUCCCAGACGACGACGAGCAGGCUGGCGCCCAAACCCCCAUCGGCUCAUCCCUCGAUCGACGAUCUCAGGGGUCUCAGCAGCCAGGACAAGAUCACCCAGCUGCAAAAGAAACUUCGCACCUCGUUCGAGAACCUGGUGGACGACGAUGACAGCAAUGGGAUCGUGACCAUGCCGGAUGACGACGACUGCCCGCAUAACCACUUUGGCAGCGGCCUGAACCUCAGCCAUCCCACCGCCGCCCAGCUGAGUGCCAGUGGGUUGAGCGGGUCGAACAAAACCAUCGACACGAUCAAGUUCCAGGAGAAGAGCAUGAAGACCGAGUCGAAGACCAAGGUGGUCACCGAUGGCUUCAGCUCCGAGCAGGCCACCAGCAACUCGGCGGCGAUGAAGCGCCUCCAAGCCGGAGAUAUAGACUAUCAGGAAAGCAAGGGUGCAUCGGCGAUGAGGAAUCGGUUGGAGAUGGAUGGUGUUAAAACGGAGGAGAAUGCAGCAGUUAUCAAGGAAGCUCUCUCGCUGCGCACCGGCGACAUCACACAGCAGGCGAGCAACAAUGUGGCCGCAUCCAGUAUUACGGUGCAGAGCGAGAACUUCUCCGCGGACAAGAAGGCGAUCUCGCAGUCGCAGCAGUCGCAGACGAUGACCUCCAACGGGAUCAUCAGCCAGGAGAAGCACGUGUCCUCCGCCUCGCAGGCCAACUACUCGAUGUCGCACAAGGGCGUCUCGAGCACCGGCAGCAGCAUGAUCACCAGCUCCUCCCAAAUGUCGGCGAUGAAUGGCCAGAUGGUGAAGCUCUCCGAUCUCAAGUUGGACGACCUCAAGUCUCUGACGGCGGGCAGUGGCCAGCAGGAGAUCGAGCAGACCAUCAACAAGUAUUCCAACAUGCUGACCUCGAUCGUGAGCUCCCUGCAGGAGGACGAGCGGGGUGGCAGUGCCAUAGCGAACUACGAUGUGGGCGCCAAGAAGUCGCAGUACCUGGAGAAGAUCAACGAGGUCAUCCGGAGGGCCUGGGCAGUGCCCACCCACGGCCACGAGCUGGGCUACUCGCUGUGCAACUCGCUGCGCCAGAGCGGCGGCCUCGAUCUGCUCAUGAAGAACUGCGUCAAGCCCGAUCUGCAGUUCUCCUCCGCCCAGCUGCUCGAGCAGUGUCUGACCACCGAGAACCGGAAGCAUGUGGUCGACAAUGGCCUCGACAAGGUGGUGAACGUGGCCUGUGUCUGCACCAAGAACUCGAACAUGGAGCACUCGCGCGUCGGCACCGGCAUACUGGAGCACCUGUUCAAGCACUCGGAGGGCACCUGCUCGGAUGUGAUACGGCUGGGUGGCCUGGAUGCCGUGCUCUUCGAGUGCCGCACCAGCGACCUGGAGACCCUGCGUCACUGUGCCAGCGCCUUGGCGAAUCUAUCGCUGUACGGCGGAGCCGAGAACCAGGAGGAGAUGAUCCUGCGCAAGGUGCCCAUGUGGCUGUUUCCAUUGGCCUUCCACAACGAUGACAACAUCAAGUACUAUGCCUGCCUGGCCAUUGCUGUGCUGGUGGCCAACAAGGAGAUCGAGGCGGAGGUGUUGAAGUCGGGUUGUCUGGACUUGGUGGAACCCUUUGUCACCUCGCACGAUCCCUCGGCGUUCGCCCGCUCCAAUCUGGCCCAUGCCCACGGUCAAAGCAAGCACUGGCUGAAGAGACUGGUGCCGGUUCUAAGUUCGAAUCGCGAGGAGGCGCGCAACCUGGCCGCCUUCCACUUCUGCAUGGAGGCGGGCAUUAAGCGGGAGCAGGGCAACACCGACAUCUUCCGGGAGAUCCACGCCAUCGAAGCUCUGAAAACGGUGGCCAGCUGCCCGAAUGCUAUCGCCUCCAAGUUCGCCGCCCAAGCCUUGAGAUUAAUCGGAGAGACGGUGCCGCACAAGCUGUCGCAGCAGGUGCCGCUGUGGUCCGUGGAGGAUGUGCAGGAGUGGGUGAAGCAGAUCGGAUUCAACGACUACAUCGAAAAGUUCAACGAGUCCCAGGUGGACGGCGAUCUGCUGCUGAAGCUCAACCACGACAACCUGCGGGCGGACAUUGGCAUCGCCAACGGAAUCCUACUGAAGCGUUUCGAACGCGAGCUGCAAAAUCUCAAACGGAUGGCUGACUACUCAUCGAAGGACACGGCCAAGAUGCACCAGUUUCUCUCGGAGAUCGGCGUUGAUUACUGCACAUACACGUACGCCAUGCUGAAUGCUGGCAUCGAUAAGUGCGCAUUGCCGCACGUCAACGAGGACAUGCUAAUGACCGAGUGCGGCAUCCACAAUUCGAUCCACCGCCUGCGCAUUCUCAAUGCGGUCAAGAACCUGGAGAACUCGCUGCCCAGCUCCUCGGAGGAGAACAUGGCCAAGACACUGGACGUGUUUGUUAGCUACAGGCGCUCCAAUGGCUCCCAGCUGGCCAGUCUGCUCAAGGUUCACCUGCAGCUGCGUGGCUUCUCGGUGUUCAUCGAUGUGGAGCGCCUGGAGGCGGGCAAGUUCGACAACGGCCUCUUGAACAGUAUUCGACAGGCAAAAAACUUUGUCUUAGUAUUAACCCCCGAUGCUCUGCACCGCUGCAUCAACGACGAGGACUGCAAGGACUGGGUGCAUCGAGAAAUCGUGGCUGCCCUGAACUCGAACUGCAACAUCAUACCCAUCAUGGACCAGCACUUCGAUUGGCCGGAGGUGGAGCGACUUCCCGAGGAUAUGCGCAGCGUGGCGCACUUCAACGGCGUCAAUUGGAUCCACGACUACCAGGAUGCAUGCAUCGAUAAGCUCGAAAGAUUUUUGCGCGGCGAAAAGAAUAUCGAUCGCAUUGCGGCGAUGGUGCCGGGCACCCCCGGUUCGGUCACAUACCAAAGAAUGCACAGCAACGACUCCGAUUACCAGAACGGAGGCGGAUCCGGAGCGGGAACUGGAGGAGCAGGCGGUGGUGGCGGCGGCGGCGCAGGCAGUGUGGUGGAUGGCCUGAUGGCGGCGGCCAAUGGCAGCGGACAAGCUAAUCACCAGGCAAAUAGGUACCGCCAAUCCCCCUCGCCGGCCCGCCAACGGGGCAGCACCUCCCAGCUGAGCAGCUACUCACGGGCGCCAUCGAAGCGCUCCCAGAUCCUCACACCCUAUCGCACCCAGCAGGCGGCCCUGCUCCACAAGUCCGGGGCAGGAUCGGCCUCGAUGCAGAACAUGACACCGCUGGCGUAUCUGCCGCCCAGGAGAAGUUCGGCGGCGGGUCUGGGCCAUGGAGCGGGCACCGGCAUGGGCAGUGGCUAUCGAUCGCACAGCGUGGACGGGUUGCUGGACCAGGCGGGCUCAACUCCCGACCAACGGAUAGCAGCAGCAGCGGCCAAGGUGACGGCGGGGAGCACAGCUCUGACGAAUGCCAGCUCCACAAGCACCCUUCAACCCGAAGAAGAGGAGGCCGAAGUGGUUCCCCUCAGUGAUUCGGUGACGCGGCGCGAGAAGCACACCCUAUCCCCCCCGGCGAAUGUGCAGCAGCACAGGAAGUCGCGAAGUCUAGACCACAUCCUCAGCAAGCAGACCCUUGCGGAAUUACUACCACCGAGUAUCGAACUCGCUGAUGGAACGCAGAGCAUGCAGAAUCUGGUCAUUCCAAUGACUCCGCAACCCCAGCGAAGGGACACCAGCUCCUCCUCGAAAUCGCCCACUCCGGAAAGACCACCACAACCAGCGAGAGAGCGAGUCAGGGAACGUCAGAGUCCCGAGGGUGUGAGUGCGACGGAAAGUGAGCGGGAGGAUCAGUCGGAUAGCGGGUGUUUGCGACACGGCAACCAACAGAGGGCAUCGGCUUCGGUCCAUCGCGGAGCCAGCUUGAGCAGCAACAAGACCUCCAACUCGUCGCUGGGCUCCAACUACAGUGCUGGGGGAAACAACAAGACAAUCUUUAAUCGAACGAUGAAGAAGGUCCGCUCGCUGAUGAAAAAUAACGAACUGGAGGAUGAAGAAUUGUCGGGUAUUAUUCUGUCCAAGGCUACCUCCCCGAAUGCUGGGCGCAUGAUCUUUUGGUAAGGACCGCCACCUUAUCCACACUCAACCGCACAAGACAAUCGAAUUUUUGUAAAUAUGAAAGAAAUCAAAUCACAAUAAAACCGAACGAACUGACGAAUCAAAACGUU